AUGGAGGAAAUACUAGACGGCCUGAUGGCCAGGGACAGGGGUGAAGUGAUUGGCUUCAUAGACCUUUUACUUGACCGUCUGGGCCUGAGCCCAUCAGAGCUGCUAAGAGGCAUUCCCGUGUCGGAAAUUGGGGAGCCUUCUGGCCCUCCACCAGGGGUCAGGGAGCUUCUUGAUCGUCCGCCAAGGAAAGUUUCCUCCAAGGAUACCUCCGUCGGCUCCAACCUCUCUGCGCAGCCAGAGAGGUUGGAGCCGACGGCAAACAAGAAACGAAGACUCCCGGAAGACUUUCCUCCUCUUCCUCCUUCUUCAAAAGCAGCAUCUCAGGCAGUAAAAAAUACCGGCGCUAAGUCAAAAAAGAUUGUCAAAAAACUGACAAAACCACGUGAUGAAGCUCGGAAUUCCUCAGAAGAUCUCUCAACUACUGAAUCAUCUGUCAACAUGAGCGAUGGCUCUGAUACAGGAGAAAAAUCAAUCUCCACCGUAGAGGGUGGCCCACUCGAAUCGACGAAAUUAACCAGAUAUCGAAUAUUUCAUUUUUUUUAUAAUGUAAUAAAAUCAUUCCACGUCUUUGUUUCAGGGCUUCUAUCAUGGGAGAUGAACACAUGCUUGGUCGAUCUGGAAAAAGAAUUAGCUAUCAUAACGGAGCAAGCGUUAGAAGGAGAGGAAGCGAGAUAUGGUGAACGUCUUAUCCAAUUCGCUUCCGAAAAUCUAGUCACUGAAAUCCUCAUACAUCCUGUGGUGAGCACAUUAGCGCAGUGCAUGAGAAAUUUACUGAGCAGUUUCACAAGACACCGACAUAUAAUUCACUCCGGAUACACGUUCGCUGCUAACGGAUCCUGGGCUCUUCAGGAUGGUACAUUUUCGUGUGCAGACUUUUCAGAGGCUUUUCAAGAAAUCGACGUUCAACGAGUUAUACACGCCUACGAAAAUGGGAUCUCUCUGGACCUUCACUGUUCCCCAGAGGGGGAUUGGACUCGACUUCCCAAAGAACCGUUCGCAAAGGCAUGCAGAGUACGUAUCAAUCCCUCCGACGUUCUCACUUCUGGAUCACCAGCGAUUGCCAAUUUUACUAAAUACCUUGCUCCGUUUCUUGUGCCAACAUCACUGGAAAAUCUGCUGGAAAGUUCAGAUGUGGUGGGCAACAUUCGGUUUUCGAGGCCUACAGCACACAGUAAAAGCCAUGGACGAAUCAACGAAGUGCCUUGUGGUCUUCCUUGA